AUGGCGAUACUAUCGUCUCCACAAAGAAAAAUGGUCCUUUCCGAGGUCUAUGAAUGGAUAAUGAAUGAAUAUCCAUAUUUUCGAACACGCGGAGCCGGAUGGCGCAACUCGAUUCGUCACAAUCUUUCGCUUAAUGAUUGUUUUGUGAAAGCCGGAAGAGCCGCGAACGGAAAGGGUCAUUAUUGGGCCGUGCACCCAGCAUGUGUGCGCGAUUUCGAGCGAGGUGACUUCCGACGUCGUCGUGCUCAACGUAAAGUUCGACGACAUAUGGGGCUCAGUGUAGACGAGGACGAUUCAUCCGAAGAUGAGCUACCACACGAGGAGGCUCCGUUGUUCGCCACAUUUCUACCCAGCGUGCUUCAACCGCCACCUGUCCCAUCGCAGGGAAUCAAAUCAUUUACGAUUGAGGCAAUUCUAGGACAUUCAUAA